GCUGGGCGCGGACGGGCGGGACCUCUGCGGGACGGGACCGGGCAGGCGGCGGCCGAGCUAGCGGGUCUCGAAGGCUCUUCAGGCUCCUCCUCUCUCGGUUCCGGCGACAGGUUGCACCCGGAUCGCCAUGGACUCGCAGAAAGAAGCUCUACAAAGAAUCAUUUCAACUCUGGCAAAUAAGAACGAUGAGAUUCAGAACUUUAUCGAUACACUAAAUCACACACUGAAAGGAGUUCAGGAAAAUUCUUCCAACAUACUUUCAGAAUUAGAUGAAGAAUUUGAUAGUUUGUACUCUAUAUUAGACGACGUAAAAGAGAGCAUGGUCAGCAGCAUCAAGCAGGAGCAGACCCGCAAAUCCCAGGAGUUACAGAGUCAGCUCAGCCAAUGUAACAAUGCCCUGGAAAACUCGGAAGAACUCCUGGAAUUUGCAACCAGGUCAUUAGAUAUAAAGGAACCUGAAGAAUUCUCAAAGGCUGCCAGACAGAUCAAGGAUAGAGUCACAAUGGCUUCAGCCUUUCGCCUCUCUUUGAAACCAAAAGUCAGUGACAACAUGACGCAUUUAAUGGUGGAUUUCUCUCAGGAAAGACAGAUACUGCAAACUUUGAAGUUUUUGCCAGUCCCAAAAGCUCCAGAGAUAGACCCAGUAGAGUGUUUGGUGGCUGACAACUCUGUGACUGUAGCGUGGAGAAUGCCGGAAGAAGAUAAUAAGAUUGACCACUUCGUAAUGGAGUACAGGAAAACGAACUUUGAUGGGCUUCCACGAGUGAAGGAUGAGCGGUGUUGGGAAACGAUCGACAACAUUAAGGGUAGUGAAUAUACGCUAUCAGGCUUAAAGUUUGAUUCAAAGUAUAUGAAUUUCAGAGUGCGAGCUUGCAACAAGGCUGUGGCUGGAGAGUACUCUGACCCAGUGACCCUGGAGACCAGAGCACUUAACUUCAGUUUGGAUAACUCAUCAUCACAUCUGAACUUGAAAGUUGAAGAUUCCUGUGUAGAGUGGGAUCCUACUGGAGGAAAAGGCCAAGAGAGUAAAGUUAAAGGAAAAGAAAAUAAGGGCAGUGCCCAUGUCACUUCUCUGAAGAAACACACAAGAAGUGGUACACCUUCCCCCAAACGGACGUCUGUAGGCUCCAGGCCACCUGCAGUAAGAGGCAGCAGAGACCGUUUUACGGGGGAGUCAUACACAGUGCUGGGAGACACUGCUAUUGAAAGUGGACAACAUUAUUGGGAAGUAAAGGCCCAGAAGGAUUGCAAAUCCUAUAGUGUGGGCGUAGCUUACAAAACUUUGGGGAAGUUUGACCAGUUGGGAAAGACGAACACCAGCUGGUGCAUCCAUGUCAACAGCUGGUUGCAGAGCACAUUUGCUGCCAAGCAUAACAACAAGGCCAAAGCUCUGGACGCCCCUGUCCCUGAGAAGAUAGGGGUGUUUUGUGACUUUGAUGGGGGUCAGCUUUCUUUCUAUGAUGCACACUCGAAGCAGUUGCUAUAUUCCUUCAAGACAAAAUUUACCCAGCCAGUACUGCCUGGUUUCAUGGUCUGGUGUGGUGGACUUUCUCUGAGCACUGGGAUGCAGGUUCCAAGUGCUGUGAGAACACUUCAGAGAAGUGAAAAUGGGAUGACUGGAUCUGCAAGCAGCCUCAACAACGUCACUCAGUGAUGGCGCCCGGGCUGUGCUCACCCUUCCUCUGAUUGCGUGGCCUUUCCAUGCAGCUCCUAACACAGACGUUUCCGAGUGCUGGAAAUGGGGUUUGCUGUGCUCUGCUUUAAACCCUGGAAUCCGCUAGACUAAGCACCAAAUAGCAGGCAGCCACAGGAAAGUACUCAGUGCCACAGAAGCAGGCAUUGAGUAGUAGGUAGGAAAAGGGUGGUACGGGAUAUUUAUGUAGAAACCCAUUUUUCUGUUCUUGAGCUCUUUUGGCUCGUCUAGUAAGUGUGACUCUAUAUGGUGACACAGGGCCUGGGCUGCAAAGUUUGCCUUCCUCCUUGCCUGGUUCUCGUUUCUUUCUCCUCACUGGCUGUCAUUAAUUCCUUACACUGAAGCUUUAAAAACAAAAGGUCUCCUAAGGCUUCCUAGAAAUUCAAAGUAUUGCCUAGGGAUGGCAGAGAAACUCUCUUACGUGUCUUAUUUCACCCUUUUAUGAAUAAGCUGCGUUUUUGAUAGGUAACUUGUUUAUUGACUAGAUUCAUAAAAUUUCCUCCUAAGGCAUUGUGAUGCUGUUGUUAUAACUCAGUAUCAGGCACACAGGAAGGAUUUAGACAUCACAAAGGGAGCUCCCUUCAUGUGCGCCUCUGUUGACGUCUGCUCUGCCCGGGGCUCCUGGAUACCAUGUGAAAAGCCGGCUUUCUGAUUUUGUUCUCUUCUUUAAUCCCACCUCUUAAAGCUGCCAUUGAUAAAAUUUCCUCCUAAAUUUGGCACUGAUAAUAACUAUUGCUUAUUUUUACCCUUACUAAUAAGAAUGAAAGUUUGUUAAGUAAGUCCUAUAAAGGGUAAAAAGCUAUACAUUUUGUCUAUGAAAGAUUAUAAAGAAAUAUUCCUAUUCUUUUCUGGAAUAAUUUAUAUGUUAUUUUUACAAAGAUAUGGAAUAGUUUAGCUAGCUGUUUUGAAAAAAACACUACUACAUCUGUCUGACUUAAUUGGUACAUAUGUUUUCUAAACAAUCCUUUGAAGUUUUUUUUUCUGUCUUUUUGUUCCAUUCAUUCACUGUUUGAGAUUCUUCCACAAAUGAACACAGUUGUCUUUCCCAAGCCACGCAUUUCCCAGGGAAGGUAUGAAACAGCGAGAAAAGCUGUGAUUAUUAACAGAAAACCUUCCACUACAAAGUUCGUCAAAACUUUUAACUCAAGUUUUUGAGCCAGAGUAGGAGUUGACAUUAUAAAACUGCUUUUAGACCUUCAAAGAAAUGAAAAUUUGACUUUUGAUUAAUUUUUGAGACUUUUAAGCUUCUUUUCAAUUUAAGUAUCUUGGGCUUUGACAACUUCCCUGGAGAAGUGUCCAUUGUUGCUUUCUGUGUGUAGUUUGUAUGAUAAUAAGUAUUUGUUCUCACAAUAUCCUGCAUACUGGCAUGAUUGUAUUUGUUCUGUUGAUGAAAUGAAUUUGACCUAGGAUAUUAUUGUUUCCAUAUAACAACUACACUAUCAUCUGGUAACACAUUGGUAGUUUCUAAGACUAAAGCGGUUUACAGAAUGAAGUAUGUCAAUAUUCUUUUGGUUCCCCAAAGCAGUGUUUUACUUUUCAUUUCUCAUAGUUUGAAGGACUUUUUCAGAGUUCUACUACCUGCAGGAAUGUUAUUUCCUGACCUAAGAAAAAAGAUUUGCUCCUUUUUAUAGACUCAUAUCUGAAAGUAGUAAGUUACUGGAACUGCUUUGUGUGGUUACUCAGUAUAAUUUGUCAAAAGUGACAUGAAAAGACCAGCUGUUGUUAUAUAAAACUUUUCAUUAUGAUUUUGUGUCUUACAUGGUUGUGUCUUCUCAGUUACACAGUGCCUUUUCCUCUACGCACUCUCGUUGUCAACUGAAUUUAAGCCAGGCAGCAUCGUACUGUAGCGGUGAGGGCCAGAGGAGGACGCGUGGAUCUUCCUUGUCCUGGUCCCAUCAUUGGAGACCUUCAUAUAAAAUUUCCAGACAGUUCGUUGGAAAAUGCGCGACUCUGACUGGGGAGGUGUUGCUUCUCAGCGGAUUUGUAGUACAAAGUAUAAAGUCAGUAAAUAAGACUCCAAGAUUUUAUUACGUGAUAUUUGGUACUAAUUAUUCCUUCAUUACUUUAAAAUAGGCAUCAGAGGUAUUUCUUCUGUCUGGCUCGUAUUAAGUGUUUCCUAUUUUAAAAAAAAAAGAACAAAUCCGUGGUAUUUUAGUUUUAAAAACCCAUGUUAUUAAGUUAAAUGGAAGUUUGCCACCCUUGUUUUUAAAUUAAAAAUAAUUGAAUAUAGUGCCUACUUAAAUCAUUUCAAACUAAGGUCACUAUGAACUUGAUCAUAAUAUUAACAUCCUCAUUAGCACAGAGUUAAACACUGGGCUUCUCUGCCAGCCUAGCGCGCCAUGGGAGCUGGCAAGCCCUCUCCAGCAGUCUUCCUUGCCCUGUCUGCGUGCCCACCGCACAUGCCCACCGCACAUGCCCACUGCACAUGCCCACCGCACACACCAUGGCUGCCAUGAAGGAGACAGGAGAGGUGGACUGUAAUGGGUAUACCGGGUGUAACAACUUCCUAAAACGUGUAUUGAGUAUUGGAUUCCCCUUUUAGCAGUUGAAUUUAGCUGGAAAUAGACAGGAAGGAGCUGCCUUGUGCACUUUAGGAAAAGAAUUCUGCUACAAUUCGCUUGCCUCAGCUGAUUGUGUACGUCUUUGAAAUUUUGGUAAAUAUGUAAUAUACCUAGAGUUUAAUUACUAAUGCACAUAGAAAUUUAAUAUGUAGUGAUCCUUUGGAUGUUCCGGGUAUAGGUUUAAAAAAAGUAUUAAGAGUUUGUCUGUCUGUGGGUUUAAUUGAUGGCACCUCUGGGAUGUGACAGGAAACAGCUAGAAGGCAGGCGUGACUUCUCACUCUGCUCUGAAAAACGCUCUGUUCUGAGUAGUCUAAAAUGAGACACUGACUUACAGUCAUUACCUCAUUUGUGGAAUCAAACAAUCAACAAUAUUAUGUAUAAUCUGAACUUCCAUGAUUGGUCCUUGGUAUAAAUAAUAAAAGAAAAUAUUUAUUAUGAAAUAUUUUAAUUAGGUCAAGAUACUCUAUUUCCUGACUUACCUAGAAUGAUUAGUUUUUCUCUAUAUAUCUUUUCCAUGAAAGUAUAACUAUUUAUGUAUUUGCAGGUGUUUCUUUCAAAAAACAAUUUUAAAAAAUUGGAAAGGUAUAUGUAUGGGAAGUGAUUACUCCAAAGAAUAUUAGUCCUAAAAGAAGACAGUGUAGAUGUCUUACCAUGAAAUAUAUUACUCUAGGCUAAGGUACCUAGGCACAGUAGGUAGCAUAUCAGUCUCAUAUUACUCAAGGCUAAAAUUUUAACUGUUUUAGUCAUAGCUUUUUUAGCACCUUUGUUAGUUAGAUCAGCAUAUAGUUCAUAUAGCAGUACGUGAGUUUCUGUGAUAUGACAUCAAUUUUAUUACUUUCUAUCCAAGCUUCCAAAACCAGCAGAGUUUAAUUCACCAUAGCACAGCAUUCUGCUCUUUCUUAUAGUCUUGAUGUAAAAAUAAUGUUUUGUUGAUACAUCAUUUCAAUUCACGGACUGGCAAGAUGGACCACAAGAAAAGAGCUUGCUGCCACGAUGAUGCCUCAGCUUGUUCGCUGGGACGCAGAUGGAAGGGGAGAAGAGACGCCUGCAAGUCAUCCUCAAACCCGCACAUGCGCACACACACUAUAGCUCUAAAAAAUCUAAGGUAGAUUUGUUGUAGCUUGUAAAAAACAAAACUAUCAAAUUAACCACACAUAGUAACACUACACUGUUAUACUGUAGCCAAAAGUCUGGGAAAGUUUCUUUCCUGGUUUUAUUUCUAUACUAUAUACAGUCUUUCAGAGGUAAGCAUGGAUUUCCUUAGUAUCCAAGUCACAUCAAGUUGUUAUUUUCAACCAAUAUUCCUUUCAUAACUCAGAACUACAGUAGGUAAUAAAGCUUUUCUUUUGGAAAAUCAUUGCAGCAACAUUACCUCAUGUUUGAUAUUUCUAGUUUUAUCUGUAUCUUAACAGUGUUCACAUUUGUGAUUCUCAUGUCAGUAUUGUGUUACUUGUAAGGCAUGAUUAACCUGAAUGCCAUAGGAAGUUUUCAACAGUUGGAAUUUAAGUGGAUUGUUUGCUGCUGUAGUUUGAAUUAAAAGGUUGUCCAUGCCACAUGAAUGUUAGUAAUAUUGGCCAGGUAAUCAGUGCCAGAAAUUACCAUAGAACUUUUAUCUUGACUACCCAACCAUAUUAAGAGUACUUGUUCCUGGGUUAAUACAAUACACUGACUUUAAUACAUUCUCAUUAAAGUUAUAUUUGUUUAAAGUUAUAUAUUUUCUUAAUAAUGCUCAGUUAACUUCAGUUGGUGCUUAGGAAAAAGUCUGUAGAGGAUUUGCAGUAUGUAGAGCAGAGGUCAGUGAAUGUAUUCGCUUGGUUUGGAACUGUGAACCAAUUCUAAAAUAAAUCACAUUGGAAGAGAUUAGUAAAAGGCAUUUUAAUAAUGUUGGAGCUUUUAGACAGCACCAGACCAUGAGAAUUUGUCUUUGAACAUUUCCAGUAUCUCUGAGGUACCAAAGCACUGAGUCUAAUUGAUCUUUUGAUGGAGUCUCUGUAAAAUCAAUUCAUAACUGAUUCUGUUAAGAUAUAAUAGCUAAAGUUGGUGGGUAAUGUCAGUAAAAGCUGCUAGUCAUUAAGAUUCUUGGCAUUCUUGUAAGUGUUUAAAAUGAGUUGUUAUAGCUCUCCCAUGCAGUAAUCUAUGACCUCUUUGUAAGUCACUCACCACCUUUGGGUCUCUAUUGCCUUACUUACAAUAUUGUACAUUGUUUAGCCUACCUCACAGGGCUGUUGUGAGGAGUGUGAUGAAAUGGAGUCCUCUGUAAAGGGGUGCUUUUCACUAAUAAUGGCUGUAAGUGUGUGGAUACUUGUAAAUGCUGUUUAUUUUGAAAAAGCAUGCUCUUAAGUGAUUUUUAGAUGAUUUUUUAAAACAAGACUUCCUAUUAAAAUGCCCUUUGUUAAUUUACUCUGUGCAUGACUGAGUCUUUGUAUAUUUUCUCAACAGCUACAUAACUUCUGGGUUGUAAAAGUUCCUCCAUAGCAUCCAUGUGUAUAGUGGAGGCCUAAAUAAGCAAAUUAGUUCAGCUCCUUCUCCAUCAGGGAUUGACACUUUCCAUUAAGGACAGCCUGGUACCCUGUGCAGAGUGAAGCUGGCUCAAAUAAUUCUUUCCCAACAACCAGACUGCUCAGCCGUUGGUUGCAUUUGACAGAUACUCAUCAGCUCUAUUGAAAACAUUUAAAAGCCUUGUUUAUCAACCUAUAUCAGUUAUUACCUGGACAUACUUGUGUUGCUAUAAAUUGUAUGUAGUAAAUGGUUUACAAGUUAUCCUACUCUACAGGAUUUUGGUAUGUCUGUUAUCUGGACAUGAUUUUGCUAUGCAGUUGUGAUAAUAAAAAUUGCAGUUCCUCAGGUUUAACCUUUAAGUUGUGGAUGAAGACCAUUAAUAAACUACAUGUAAUAUAACCAGGGCUUAAAAGAGUGUUUGAAAUGAGCUCACUGCCUCAUUUUCCUUAGAAACAAGACAAAGCCUUUUAAAUGCUGUUUUUAAAGUCCAGUAUGUUGAAAUGAUUGUAUGUUCUGUAUAAAAUGUUUCACCUGAGGUUUUUAUAAAAGCCCCUGUAUUAUCCCUUCUGAAAAUUAAACUUUUUUUCUUUGCUUUC